AUGAAACGAGGAAGAAAAACUAAUGAGGCCAACAGCAGUUCAUCUGAAGAGACAACUGAGGAAGAAUCCAAGAGACACAAGGUUAUAGAUGAGAAAACCAUAGUUGUGCAGAGUCCUGACUGGGCAAACCUGCUUCAAGACAUUAUCCUGCAGGUGUUUCAAUACUUGCCCCUUCUGGAUCGCGCUCAUGCAUCACAGGUCUGCCGAAGCUGGAACCAGGUGUUUCAUAUGCCUGAUCUCUGGAGGUGUUUUGAGUUUGAACUGAAUCAACCAGCUACGUCUUACUUGAGGGCUACGCAUCCUGAACUAAUCAAACAAAUAAUAAAGAGGCAUUCCAAUCACCUGCAGUAUGUAAGCUUCAAGGUGGACAGUAGCAAGGAAUCUGCAGAAGCAGCUUGUGAUAUUUUGUCACAGCUUGUGAAUUGCUCUCUGAAAACACUUGGGCUAAUUUCAACUGCCCGGCCAAGCUUCAUGGAUUUACCAAAGUCUCACUUUAUUUCUGCACUGACAGUGGUGUUCGUAAACUCCAAAUCCCUCUCUUCACUUAAGAUUGACGAUACACCAGUAGAUGAUCCAUCUCUCAAAGUGCUAGUGGCUAACAACAGUGACACGCUCAAACUGUUGAAAAUGAGCAGUUGUCCUCAUGUUUCUCCAGCUGGUAUCCUUUGCGUGGCUGACCAGUGUCAUGGCUUACGUGAGUUGGCGCUGAACUACCAUCUGCUGAGUGAUGAGCUUCUGCUUGCUUUGUCUUCUGAAAAACACGUCAGGUUAGAACACUUGCGCAUUGAUGUUGUCAGUGAAAAUCCUGGACAGACUCAGUUCCACAUGAUUCAGAAGAGCAGCUGGGAUGCUUUCAUCAAGCAUUCUCCUAAAGUAAAUUUAGUCAUGUACUUUUUCUUGUACGAAGAAGAGUUUGACCCAUUCUUUCGUUACGAAAUACCUGUCACUCACCUUUACUUUGGAAGAUCAGUAAGCAAAGACGUACUUGGCCGCGUUGGGAUGACGUGUCCUCGGUUAGUUGAACUGGUGGUGUGUGCCAAUGGAUUGCGGCCGCUGGAUGAAGAGCUGAUCCGUAUUGCAGAACGCUGCAAGUAUCUGUCAGCCGUUGGCCUAGGAGAAUGUGAAGUCUCUUGCAGUGCCUUUGUUGAGUUUGUGAAGAUGUGUGGCGGUCGUCUCUCUCAGCUUUCUAUUAUGGAGGAAGUUUUGAUUCCUGAUCAGAAAUACAGCUUAGAGCAGAUUCAUUGGGAAGUCUCAAAACAUUUGGGUAGAGUCUGGUUCCCGGACAUGAUGCCUACAUGGUAAAGUCCUUAAAAGACUUUGGGGCUGAUGGAAUAGCACCUUAAACUCAAGCUUACCAUAUUGCAAUUUACUGUAUAAGCUUAUUUAAUACUAUAGUUUUUACUGCGAGUUACUUCAUUGUUUGAUUGUAAAAUUAAUUUUUAAUUCAAAGAUGAUUUAUGAAAUACAGAUUCAAAAAUAGAAAUCAUGGAUAGCUCCAAAACCUGUUUUCAUCCAAACAAAAAUCUGUUUUCUGAUUUAGAUUUGUUCUUUUUCAUUGACAGUGACCUCAAACUUCGAUGGAAAUAAAAAUGUAUGUAAAAAUAUUGAAAAGUACCUGCAAAAUAUCAGUUUUAAUACGCUGUCCUUCUUUGAUUUAGACAUUACUACUGAACACUAUCAGGUUUGAUCUUAAAAAAG